GGAGGAGGGCCUGUUGGGAACUAGCUGAGACUGGCUGAGCCCUCCCUACCAGCUACUUCCCUGUAAGGAAACCAAACUGCGCAACAAGCAGACUGGUCUGCCACUGUGAUUGAACAGGACCUGUAGAGGUGUCCAUCUCAAUUGCAGGAACGGAGCUGUGUAACCAAGAGUGGCCAGCAUGUCAGUGACUGUGACCAAAGGUGGAGGGGUGACUGUAUUUACUGUGAACUCUAAAGAAGGAAGCAGUUGGCCCCUGCUGUGUCAAAUACUUGGGACCUUGUGCUACAGCCCAUCAUGCUCUGUGUCCCAGGGACUGCGGAGGCUCCAAGCAAGUUCCCAGACAGCUCUGGGGACUAUACAGAUCAUGGUGGGAGUUCUCAACAUUGGCUUGGGAGCAAUCCUUGUUAGCACGGAUUAUUCUAGCUCACUGCGAUGGAAUGGGGUUCCUUAUUGGCUUGGUGGUGUGUUUAUAGCCGUUGGCAUCAUGUGUAUAUUGGCUGAGAAGUUCCCCAGUUCCUGCUUGGUGGGCAUCAAUGUUUUGAUGAACCUGUCAGGUGCUGCUCUGGCCAUUACUGGAAUUGUGCUGUAUGCUGUAGACCUGGCAAACUACAAUUUCUGGUGGAUUUGCAAUGAUGACAACUACAACUGGCGAGAUGACUACUAUGGCGGCCAGGUGACAAAACCACCCAGUGAUCCGGAGAGGGAUAGACUCUUGGCGAAAUGCAAAGAUGCCAAGCAGAUUGCUCAGAUGUUGAUGAAUGCCUUGGACAUCGUACUCAUCGUCCUUGGAGUCCUUCAGCUUUGUGUCACCAUAAGCUCUGCGGUGUUGGGUAUCAAGGCUUUGUACAAGAAUGGAAAGGAGGGAAAAGAGAACAUCCGGGACCUGGAGCAGUAUAAGCCUCUGCUGGAGGAGGUCACCACUAACCCUGCAGCUUAAAGAGCACUGAUCUGAUAUACUUUAUUGACCACGUGGGGAAAUUUGUCAUGGACGAUUAAAGAGUGAUGCUGCUUCCACAUGAAAUAGAUAAAUAAAUCGAAUGAAAUGUAUUCUACAUAAAUGGAUCAUCAUACACCCCCCUCCACACCCACACAUUUGUUGUUAUACAUACAGUAUGUAGUACAUAUAGUUAACUUACUUAAUUUACUUCCUUACUUAAUUUACUUCCUUACUUAAUUUACUUCCUUACUUAAUUUACUUCCUUACUUAAUUUACUGUAACGCCUGCUGUGACUUUGUUUUGUUUAAAUGAUAACUGACACUGAUUGUGUCUUCAUGAUUUUUGUAUUGGUGGUUUUUCCAGAACUGAAAGGACAGUUAUAAAGGGGACUAUAUCAAGUUAAUAACUGAAUUGACUCUUGUAUAUGAUAUUUUUUUUCUGCAUUUUGAUAAUUUCUUACUGUAUCUUUUAUUCUAUUGUCCCCCCUCUCAAAAAAAAUAAACUGUCUUAGCUCAA